AUGUCCGACAACGAAGGAAGCCCAGUUGGCGAGAAGGCCGAAGUCCCUGUCUCUGAGCAUUUGAACAUCAAAGUCACUGAUAACAACAAUGAAGUCUUUUUUAAGAUUAAGCGUUCAACCCAGUUGAAGAAAUUGAUGGAUGCUUUCUGUGAAAGACAAGGCAAGGCACCAAACUCUGUUCGUUUCCUCUUCGAUGGUAGUCGUGUUCAACCUACGGACAGUCCAGAUAAGUUGGAUAUGGCAGAUGGCGACACUCUUGAAGUUCAUCAAGAGCAAAUCGGCGGCCAAUAA